AAAUAAAUCAGGCCCACUCAGCCCAUACAGCUUUAGCCCUUAAUUGUAUACGCAGAAACCCUAAUAAGUCAUUAUUCUCGCUGUUCGAUAACUGAAUCUCAACAUCCAUCAAUGGCGCCGAAGAAAGGUGUGAAGGCAGUCGCAACCAAGAAGAAAACGGAGAAGGUUGUGAACCCUCUGUUCGAGAAAAGACCGAAGCAGUUCGGGAUCGGUGGAGCAUUGCCGCCUAAGAAGGAUGUUCAUAGGUUUGUGAGAUGGCCGCAAGUUGUUCGGAUUCAGAGGAAGAGGAGGAUUUUGAAGCAGCGGUUGAAGGUUCCACCUGCUUUGAAUCAGUUCACUAAGACUCUUGAUAAGAAUCUUGCAACUACUUUGUUCAAGAUGCUUCUGAAAUACCGACCAGAGGAUAAAGCAGCUAAAAGAGAGCGCCUUCAGAAAAGGGCACAAGCCGAGUCUGAAGGAAAGACAGUUGAAGCCAAGAAGCCUAUUGUUGUCAAAUACGGUCUGAACCAUAUCACCUAUCUUAUCGAGCAGAACAAGGCGCAAUUAGUCAUCAUUGCUCAUGAUGUGGACCCCAUUGAGUUGGUUGUUUGGCUCCCUGCUUUGUGCAGAAAGAUGGAAAUCCCUUAUUGCAUUGUAAAGGGAAAAUCUCGAUUAGGAGCCAUUGUCCAUCAGAAAACUGCAGCAGCUCUGUGUUUGACCACCGUCAAGAAUGAAGAUAAGAUGGAGUUCAGCAGAGUCUUGGAAGCAAUUAAGGCCAACUUUAACGAUAAGUAUGAGGAAUAUAGAAAGAAGUGGGGCGGUGGGAUUAUGGGAUCCAAAUCUCAGGCCAAAACAAAAGCAAAGGAGAGAGUACUUGCAAAGGAGGCUGCUCAGAGGAUGACAUAGAGCGCUACACUAUCCUUUGUUGCAUUCUGCAAUUCAGGAAGCUGUUUUUGUUUACAUUUUGCUUGUUCAUGUAUUCAAUUUUGUUAAAGUUAUAUUAGCAAGACCAAUGCUAUUACUUUUUUGCUUUCUC